UUUACCUAUUUGAAAGAGUUUGUUAAGCCGAAGGUGAGAGCUGAUAUCGAUGGGUUGCCUCUAACCGUAGAAGGGUAUGAAAGGGCAAAAAAUAUCUUGAAAGGAGAGUACGGCAAACCGAGCGAAAUUGUCAAUGCCUAUGUCCAGAACAUUCUCGAGUUACCAGUG